AGGUUUGGGGCGAGGAAGGUUUGCGAGCGCUGACAGGCACCGAGAAAGGUGCAACACUUCUCUCUUAUGAGCGUGCUGCGUCACUGAAAAACCUUGAGUAUUACCUCCAUAAAUCAUUGUCUCGGCAAGUGAGAUGUGAUGACACAACAGGAUUAGACCGAGGCUGCAGUGCAACAAGCAUAGUCGAGAGAAGAUUGUAAUGGCCUGAGGGGAGGGUCCCCAUCUUAAGUCUGCUCAGCCACUGCAACCCACCACCGCGAUGGGAGACGGACUGGAUCCAGGCAGCAGCCAGAAUCCUCCCUCUGCCCCGCCCCCUCUUCCCUUCAACCCUCCACCACCUGAAACAUGGAACCCCUCCAGACCCAAACGACAGACCAACCAGCUACAGUACCUCCUCAAAGUGGUGUUGAAGACUUUAUGGAAACACCAGUUUGCGUGGCCUUUCCACUCUCCUGUAGAUGCCGUUGACCUCAAUUUACCUGACUACUAUAAGAUCAUCAAGACCCCUAUGGACAUGGGGACGAUUAAAAAACGUCUGGAGAACAACUACUACUGGAAUGCCCAGGAGUGUAUCCAAGACUUCAACACAAUGUUCACAAACUGCUACAUCUACAAUAAGCCUGGUGAUGAUAUUGUCUUAAUGGCGGAGGCUUUGGAAAAGCUGUUUCUGCAGAAGAUUACGGAGAUGCCCCAGGAAGAGACUGAAAUUGCCGUGGUUACGAAAGGACGCCGCAGGACCAGAAGGGAUCUAGCUCUCAUCACCAAGUCAGACUCCGGUCAAGACUCGUCAUCUCCUUCCACCACACCGCACACACGAGACUUCUCAUCCCCCUCUCAUCCACUAACGCCUCAGCCCCGGGCCCCACCCACAACUCCAGGCCCUCCUAUCCUGCCUCAGCCCCCACGCGUGCCUCCUACCCCAGGCUCUCUCACACCCCACCUAGUGCCGCCAUUCCCUGUCUUAACACCAGACGUCCUGGCACAUGGCAUGACCUCUGUUCCUCCUCCAGCACCACCACACCCAGCCCUCCAUCCCGUCCCAUUGCUGCAGAACCCUCCUGUCCUUUUCAAGCAGAGGAAGAGCCAGAAGAGAAAAGCAGACACCACCACGCCCACUGCCAACGACCAGCUCACCGAAUCAUCGCCUGCCUCCAUUGAGGCCCGGCCGCUCCGAGACAGCAGUCGCCCCUCAAAGCAGUCCAAACAAGACGCGUCACAGCCAGACUCUCAGCAUCACCUGAGCGGCUCUUUGGACACUGGCGUGACAGCGACAUCGAAGCGCCAGGACCAGUUGCGUUUCUGUGCACGUCUCCACAGAGAGAUGCUGUCUAAGAAACAUGUGGCCUAUGCCUGGCCGUUCUACAAACCUGUUGAUGUAAAAACUCUUGGACUUCAUGACUAUCUUGACAUCAUCAAGCACCCUAUGGACCUUAGUACCAUCAAGAAAAAGUUGGACAACCGACAGUACAGAGAUGCUCAAGAAUUUGCAGCAGAUGUCAGGUUGAUGUUUUCUAAUUGUUACAAGUACAAUCCAGCAGACCAUGAUGUGGUUGCCAUGGCACGAAAAUUACAGGAUGUGUUUGAGAUGCGAUUUGCUAAAAUGCCUGAUGAGCCAGAGGAACCAGCCCCUGUUCCCACCCCAUCAUCAGCCCUCCACCCUGCCCCCUCCACUCGUCAAGCUCCGCCUCCUUCUACCAUUUCCGAAGACGACAGUUCCAGUUCCUCAGAAUCAGAGUCGUCAGGAGGAGACUCAGAACAAGACAGACAGCAGAAAUUGGCUGAGUUACAGGAACAGCUCAAGGCUGUUCAUGAGCAACUGGCCGCCCUGUCUCAGCCUCAGGCCAGCAAGCCCAAGAAGAAAGAGAAGGAGAAGAAGAGAGAAAAGCACAAGCUAAAGGUGGAAGUAGAGGAACCUGUGGAGAACGUUCCCCCGGCGGUGCUUCAAGCUCCCAAAAAAAGCAAGAGCAGCAAAGAGCCAAUCGUUGUCAAGAAGGAUAAGAAAAAAGCCAGUAAAAAAGAAGGAGUUAAAAACAACCGCCCAGCUGAUCCCCCUCAGACUGCUCCAACCGCUCUUGUGCCCUCAGCUUCUCUCGAAGCAGAGGAUGACAUGGAUGUGUUUGGUUCUAAGCCGAUGUCCUAUGAGGAGAAGCGCCAGUUGAGCCUGGACAUCAAUAAAUUACCUGGCGACAAACUGGGCCGUGUCGUGCACAUCAUCCAGACACGUGAGCCUUCACUGAAGAACUCCAACCCAGAUGAGAUUGAAAUAGACUUUGAGACUCUGAAGCCCUCCACGCUGAGAGAGCUGGAAAAAUAUGUCUCCAGCUGUCUUAAAAAGAAAAGGAAAGUAACAGAAAAACCUUUGGAGGCGACAAAUGUGAAAAAGACGAAGGCGGGCUCUUCGUCAGGCAGCAGUGGUUCCUCUGAUAGUGAAGACUCUGAGAUUGGGCUGGUUCCCAAACCACAGAAGAAGGCUUCAGCUAACAAGGACACCAACAGACCACAGCUCCAGCCGGUCAGCAGCGUAGCUGGUCCAGUUGCUCCUCAGCCCCAACCUCUGACGCAGCCUCAAGUGGCCCCAGCCAAACCGCCAUUUACCCCCCCUCCCCCUGUCCCAGUAUCUGUCCCAUCUCUGGACUCGUCCCAGUUGUUGGGCUCGGGAUUUGAUCCUCUGGUUCACUUCAUGGACCCUCACAUGCCACAGGCAAACACAGAGACCAAUCCGAGCAUUACUACGGCUGGUCCUCCUGUUCCUGCCAGCCUCCUGAACACGAGCGCACCCAUCAGCCAGACACCCACGGAGACGCACCUUUUCCUAAACCAACAUCCCAUCAUGCCUGUACCAGCUGUUCAUGCUGCACUUCCUCAGCAACCGUCACGACCCAGCAGUGAAGUGACUCCACUUCCUCCCAAACCCUCACAGCCUCCCCCAUGCUCCUCGCCCCAGCUUCAGCCUACGCUUCCCCUCACCCUCGCCCAGACUGUGCACCGCCCUCGAGUCCCCUCGCCCACGUCGCACGGCAUCCUGGGUACGCUUUCGGCACAGCCACCACAGGCUUUGCUGGAGGACGACGAAGAGCCAACGCCUGCCGUUUCUGAAACGCCGCCCCCGUCGCUGCACCUCAGUCACGUCCACACCUACCUGCAGUCGCUCCAACCUCGGCCGCCUGUGCCGAGCCAGCCACCACACCCGCACACCCACUCGCCUGUGCAGGUCGUGUCUCAGCUGAUGCAGCCGUUGCACACUCAGGCCGUGGCUACUUCUGCCCCGACCUUGAUGCAGAGGCAUGCCUCAGGCCACGUGCACACGCAGCAGUCAUUCCCUCACACAGCAGCAGCGCAGCCGAAGGGGAUGGCCCUGCAGCAGAAGGUACAGCAGAUCCAGCAGCAGCGGCAGCAGCCUUCUCCGCGCAGUAAAGUGGAGACUUUUCCAAUAGUUUGCCUGCGUGAGAGUCCGUCUCCUCUGAUGAUGCACUCUCCUCAGAUGCCUCAGUUCCAAACAUCGGGACAACAGUCGCCCUCGCAGACCAAGAAAAACGAGCUGAGGUCCAACAUGAUGGGAGUCAAAGAAGAAAAGAUAUCCCAGUCACCCGUGCUGCCCCCAUCGCCCUUCAGCCCCACCCUGCGUCAGGAAACGCACAAACUCCCUGACAACAAACUAACUCACAAUACAAAGCCAUUGGAUGUUACACGGCCUGGUGCAGGACUCCCAGACUCCCCGGUUCCACCUUGUUCACAGCAAGAUGUCAAAAUAAAACAAGAGCCCAAAACUCUGAUUGCCCCCCAAAAAACACAGGAUGUGAAAUUGAAGAACAUGGGCUCUUGGGCCAGCCUGGCUCAGAGGUCCCAGUCCACCCCGGCCUCCUCCGUUCGCUCUUCCAGCGACAGCUUCGAACAGUUUCGACGCGUCGCAAGAGAGAAGGAGGAGAGAGAGCGCCAGCUGAAAGCACAGGCUGAACAAGCCAGGAGAGAGCAAGAAAAACUACGCCGCGAUGAUGAGGACUCCUUGGAACAUGCUCGGCGCACACAGGAAGAUGUGCGCCGUCGCCAGGAGCAGCAGUCUCCACUUGCUCCCACGCCACCGGCAUCGACCCCGCCCACUCACUCCCCUCAAGCCCCAGCUGUCCAGCAGCAAGCCCCGCCUCCACCCUCUUCAGCCGCACAGAACACCCUCGACCAGCAGAGGGAGAUGGCACGGCGCCGUGAGCAAGAGAGGCGCAGGAGAGAAGCCACGGCUGACAUCAUUGACAUCAACUUUCAGAGUGAGCUGUUGGCCAUUUUUGAAGAAAAUCUCUUCUGAGAUGGUAGUCAGGUGACAGAGGAGCGAGACAGCGGUGAAUGGACAUACAUGAAGACACACAACCGUCGCUGCUCACACACACGAUUCCACCCAUUUCCUUUCUGGAGCUCAGACAGCUGGCGUCCCUCAGACACACUCUGGCAGUUGUGGUUGUUGGUUUUCAGCCCACAGAGGUGUUGGAUUGAAAACGGACACUGAAAUAAUCAUUCGGCUCCAUCAUUCUCUCUGGAAUGUGAAAAGAAAAAAAACAAAGGUCCGGCUUUGGAAGGUGGAGAAGAGAAAGAUUUCAUUUCAGAAACGUUUUAAAAAAACUGUCCAGUGGGGGGAAGAAGAGACACGUGAACAAAUAGAAUUAUUAAAAAAAACAAAAAAAAACAAGCAGAUCUUUUUGUCCCCUGCUAGUCUGGUCUUGUUGUUUUGGUGUUGUAUCGUGGCGCGCGGGCGGGCAGGCGGGUGCGGUUCAGGAGUCGGCCAAGACGUUCCCUUAAUGUUCAGACAUGCUCAUCCUUUCAUUUCCUUCUACUUCACCGACACAAAGCGCAGAGCCGUCAUUUGGAGGUUGUUCUUUGCCUUAGAGCUCUAGCCUGUAAACUGAGGAUCACACCUGACAAAUAUACAUAUUAUAUAUAAAUAAAUACAUGAAUAUAUAUGAAUAUAUAUUAUAUACAAUGAAAUGUUAAAGAAAAAAGAACCUGAGAGUAAUUUGGAUUAUUGGGAGCAAAGCUUGUCUGUGUUCAUCUCUGGUUUUGUUUUUUGUUUUUUGUAGAAUUUACUGUAAAGAAGAAAAAAGUUUUUUUUAUGGUUCUAUGGAGAGUAUCAUUUGUCUCUUAUUCUCUCAUCCCCCAUCCCCUUUUUUUUCUUCAUUUUAUGCCAAAACAAUCUUGAGUGCUGAAAGUUCACUGACUUUUUUUAACAUGUAAAAUGCAUUUUCUUUUCACUUUAUAUUAAAGGCUGUUUUUAUUGCUAUUUAAUUUUUCCUAAUGUCUUUUCAACUAUGUUUAUCAGAAAGGGUUUCUUUCAGUUCUCUGUGCGUGACCGCUCUUCUAUCUACACGUAACUUUCACAUCUUCCACAUAAUUUCAUGUACAUAUUUUAGUUGGUCUUCGACAUCAUGUCGUCCAUCUUCUUGUCAUCUCACCAUUUUAACAGUUGUGAGGAUAUCCUGUGCUGCAUUGAUCCACGAUUGUUUUCAUUUUUUUUUUUUUAAUUGUUUCAUUAAUUUCUUUCCUUUUUUUCAUAUUGCAUUGUUUUGAGUUUUGUUGUUUUUCUCUGAAUGACUUUACCCAGAACAACCUGUUGGUAUGUUGAUGUGAAGAAUUGAGGUCAAUAAAAUUAAUCCUGUUGAGAUUAUAAAGUACAACUUUUUUAAGAAAAGUAUUAAAAUAUGUUUAAAAAAA